AUGUGUAUAAAUUACAUUAAGCUUUUUGAAUUAUUUUCUUCGUUUUGUUUUUGUCGCUUCAUAUUUACUAAUGUCAACUUGAAAUAUUUGGGGUAUUUAUUGUAUGAAUACUGGCAACUAUAUAACAAAUUUGGUUGGCACUCGGCAAGUUUAGUACCAAGUUCUAGUACUUCGUUAGUACUGUUCGUGUUCGGUGUUUUAGUGCACUGCAGCAUAUUCACGCAUUGCAAGCAAGACUUACGGCAACCAACCGACCUAUUAUUAACUAUGCCUGUCGAUAAGAAGUUGCUGCCUGUAAAGGCCCAUUUUCUAUUCUUUAAUGCCGGAACUGCUCCCCUCGUGCCUUAUCUUUCUACGUAUGCUCGUCAAUUAGGCUUCUCACCAGCAACGGUGGGGUUAAUUUACACUAUAUUACCAAUAUUCGGACUCUUCGCUAAGCCGCUUUUUGGCUUCUUAGCCGAUAAGUUCAGAGCCCAGAAAAAUAUCUUCUUGAUGUUCAUAGUCGUAACGAUUUUAAGCUUCUCCACCAUCUACUUCGUGCCUCAGGAAAUGGACAAGAUCCCCGUAGAGAUGUACUGCAAUAACAACUUAUCGACCCUCCAAACCUGCUAUCCACCCAACAAGCCAGUGGAUCAAUGCAAAAUAGACCAUAUCGCCGACAUGAAUUCCACUAUGUGCAAGAUGACCUGCAACAUGACGUCGUUUGAUUUGAGAAAACCUGUGUGCGAACAACCGAGUAUGCCCACCUUAUGCUUUAAGAAUAUUAACGCUAAUGGAUAUGAUGCUUUGAUCAGCAAUGUUUCUGUUUCCAACGAAUGCAUUACCAUUGCGACACACACUAUCGACUUGGGUCAUGGGCUCUUGUACGAGUCUAGGUGUCGCAAUGAAGAUCUCAAGGAACCUUGCUAUCUCGAAUGUAACCAUCCGACUUUAUCAGCUAUGACAUAUAAGACUGAAGUGAACAUGACCUGUGUUGAACAAAGGCUGAGCUAUGAAGUCUGCAACAAUGAUUCCUUUGCACUACUUGAUUCCCUUGAUACUAAGGACGAGUUAGGGAAGUGCAAGGUGCAUUGUAACAGUGCUACGUCCGUGUCUAUAAUGGAUUUGUGUGAUAUGUGGAAUGCAGGAAUAACCAAUAACUGUGAGCUUUUAGAGGAAGACACUCUACCUAACGAGUUACAGUUUCAGGCUGCUUUAGGACUCACCCAAAUGAUCGUUGAUCGGAAUAACUGCCUUUUUAUAGAUGUUAAAUACAUCGUGUUGGAAAAUGGUACAAUCGUCCACCCAACAUGUGGUCCGACUGACUACCACGAACGCCGGCCACAUCUGUACCAACCGCAGUGCAUCAUCAAUUGCGACGAUUCUAUGGUGAAUGAGAUCUUUAAAGCGGCCAUUGAAGACACUGAGGAGGAAACGCAAUACAAUUUAAUAUUUUGGAUGUUUUUUAUAUCGAUGAUUGUAAGUUGGAUCGGACAAGCCGUCGUGGUCACGUUUGCUGACGCGAUAUGCUUUAACAUUCUCGGUUGUCGUGCAUCUCUUUACGGCAGACAAAGGUUGUGGGGAUCAUUCGGCUUUGGGUGCAUUUCUUUAUUAACUGGUUUUCUAAUAGAUACAUUUAGUGAGGGAGCAUAUAAGAAUUAUACCAUUGCUUUUAUUUUAAUGCUGAUAUUUUUGAGUGGUGACUUUAUUGUAUCGUCAUUUAUGAAGGUUGAACAAUCUCAAAUGUCAAUAAAUAUAAUGGCCGAUGUGGGGACCAUGCUGUCGUCUUAUGCUAAUAUCUUAUUUCUGUUAUGGACCGUUGCCGUGGGACUUUGCACGGGUCUUAUCUGGCAAUUUUUAUUCUGGCACAUUGAAGAUAUUGCCAAUCUGACGUGUGACGGAACGGAAUAUGUUAAAACUCUUCAAGGGUUAGUUAGUGCUAUACAGACAUUUGGGGGCGAAAUACCAUUUAUGUUUAUUUCCGGUUAUUUGUUAAAAAAAUUUGGUCAUAGCCAAAUAAUGUCAGCUGUCCUUUUUGGUUUUGGAAUACGCUUUAUCCUUUAUUCUCACAUUAUAAGCGCCUGGUGGAUCCUGCCUGUUGAAUUGUUCCAAGGAUUAACUUCAGGGAUGUUUUAUCCAACCAUAACAUCGUAUGCAAAUAUCGUUUCUGCACCCGGUACCGAAACAACUGUGCAGGGUCUGGUCGGUGCAAUAUUUGAAGGCGUGGGUUCCUCUCUUGGGAGUUUCAUUGGGGGUCGUCUGUAUGGAGUUUACGGGGGGUGGAUAACCUUCCGUUACUUCGGCUAUGGCGCUCUAGUCGCUGGCGUUAUUCAUGCUGUGGCUACGGCGUUCGUCAAGAAAGGAACUCACAUGGGAUUGACACCAGGUAAUAAUAGGGGU